AAGUCACUGACUGAUCCCGCGGAUGUGGAGGAGCAGCCUCUUAUGUUGGUGAUUUAAAUGAAUGAAGCAGUGAAUCGGCUCCUCCAUCGCUCCCUCUGCUCGUUUGUAACCACCCACUUGAACCGGAACCUUUUCUCGGGGUUCGCAGCUCGCCUGUCGGUCUCUCUCUCCCUGACAGCCCGGCCACCACAGCACCCAUCCCCGCAGCAGCGUGUGGCCGCUCCUCUGCGCCUGGAGCCCGGACGCGUCCUGGUUGUGUGAUGCCGGGCUCAGCAGCGGCGGCUCGGUCCCGUUUACGCAUCAGCUGCUCCCGGUAAAAAAAAUAAAUAAAAAAAAGUGACUCCUCCAUCCCGUGUGACAGCUUCUCUCUCCGUGCGCGGACACCGAGGAUUGACAGGAGGCUCCAUGGGCGCUGCGACACGGACGCACCUGACGCGCACUCGUGAUCCGCGGUGACCGGGACUCGGUGGGGGGGUCGGAGACCCAGCGUUCCUCGCUCCCAUCUCGGCGGAAGUGGACGGAUAACGCGCGGCCUGGCUCCGCGGGGACAGAGGGAUGGGGAGCACCACCUCAUGCUGCGUGUCCGCCAGCCCCAAGCUCCGCAGGAAUGCCCACUCCAGGCUGGAGUCGUACCACCAGGAGUCGGACCUGAGCCGGGAGGAGACCGGGGGCAACCUGCAGCACAUCAGCGACCGGGAGAACGUCGACGAGUUAAACAUGGAGUACAACCCGUCGGACCAUCCGCGGGCCAGCACCAUAUUCCUCAGCAAAUCCCAGAAUGAAGAGGUGCCUUUCAGGAAUGUGCACGAAAAGCGAAAGAGCCUCUUCAUCAAUAAUCAUGGAACGUUGAAGCGGAAAUACAGCUCCUGCUCCACCAUCUUCCUGGACGACAACACCGUCAGCCAGCCCAACCUCAAAUACACAAUCAAAUGUGUAGCUCUGGCGAUUUACUACCAUAUAAAAAACAGGGACACAGAUGGAGGAAUGCUGCUGGAUAUAUUUGAUGAAAAGCUUCACCCUCUCUCAAAAUCGGAGGUACCGCCCGACUACAGCCAACACGACCCAGAGCAGAGGCAGAUCUACCGCUUCGUCAGGACGUUGUUUAGCUCCGCCCAGCUCACCGCAGAGUGCGCCAUCGUCACACUGGUUUACCUGGAGAGGCUCCUGACCUACGCAGAGAUCGACAUCGGCCCCGGGAACUGGAAGAGGAUUGUUCUGGGCGCCAUCCUGCUGGCGUCCAAGGUCUGGGACGACCAGGCUGUCUGGAACGUGGACUACUGCCAGAUCCUCAAGGAUAUCACUGUGGAGGACAUGAAUGAAUUGGAGCGACAGUUUCUGGAGCUGCUGCAGUUCAACAUCAACGUGCCGUCCAGUGUCUACGCCAAGUAUUACUUUGACCUGCGAUCGCUCGCCGAGUCCAACAACCUCAGCUUCCCCCUGGAGCCGCUCGGCAGGGACAAGGCCCACAAACUGGAGGCUAUGUCCCGGCUCUGUGACGACAAGUACAAAGACGUGCGGAAAGCGUCCAGGAAGCGCUCGGCCAGCGUGGACAAUCUCUGUGGAAUCAGAUGGGUUCCAGCGAUUCUCUCCUAACCACUAAUAAACUGCCAUUUACCACAGACGCUAACCGGAUGGGAAAAAUAAACUUUGCAAACACAGGUUGAUGGGUGGGGGGGGGGGGAAUAAAGACAUGGAAGUGUAACAGUGUCUGAAACCUGGAAUCAGCCUCUGGGCCGCACAAACUGUAGAAAAAGACCACAUCUGUACUUUUGGCGGAUGUGGUGAACUCCAGAGAGAUUCCGAUGCCUUCACAGUGCCUCAACUCAGCGACGACGGAGAGAAGGAAGUUCCUGGUUGUUUCAUCACCUGUGGAGAAAAAAAAAUCCAGCUUCGGAUCGUAACUUCUCCUGACGGCAGAGUGAACCCGCCUUAAUGUAAAGACUCAACAAACCUGCCUUUCAGACGUUAUUUAUUUCACCUCAGUGUUUGAACUUUUCAGCAGCUGCAGCCGUCUGAUCCCCUAACUGCAACAUUUCAAAACUUUUUGAAUUUGUACCCGACUAUUUAUUUUCCUUUGACAAGUCUUAGAGUAAUAAAAGUGUUUGCAAGUUUUCUUCUCUGGAAAUCUUUGUGUCGAGGAUCACAGUGUUUCUAGUGUCGCUCUUGAUACUCAGGUCUGUGUAGUCUGGUCAAUCACACACUUACAAACUCAGUGACAGCGACACCAGGACACAUUCAAGUUCAAGUUUCAUCAGGUUUUGGUUUUAUCGGAACAUUUUCAGCAGUUUAUAAAAAAUUGUCCUGAAGCCAUUUGGAAUGUCCACACUGCACAGAAGCUGAAGUUAACGCAGCUUUCUGCCGACAUCUAGUGGAUAUUUGAGAGAACUGCUCAUUCAGGUUUUGGGGGGUGUUAAAGGGACAAUUCACUCAAAUUCUAUAAGUGGAGAUUGAAUAGUAGUUUAAUUUUUCCAUAUGAAGAAGUUCCAAUGAAAACAGAGAAGUGACAUCUGAAGAAAGUCUCCUUUAAAUACAAUGAAGCUUGACUGACAAAUUACACUCGUAAAUAUCAGGCCCCUAAAUGUGUCAGAUUUCUUUUCAUCUAGAUCCAAAAGUUAUUCCCUGGGAAAUAUGUGAAAAUAUCAAAAACGGUGUUGAAGAGAGAAAACGUUUGGUGUUGUAGAUGGUUUUGUUUGUUUCUUCGGCUGUGCUCAUCCUGACGUUUUGUUUCUACCUGAUAAAAUAAAUCACCUUUGUGUUGGACUGCGGAA